AUGACCGACCAGUGGUCUCAAUUAAACGAGAAGCUCGCCAGUUACCCGUACGUCGACGGGUACACCAUCAGCGACCGGGACUUUGAAGUGUUCAAGAGCGUCCCGGUGAAAGAGCUUGGCGGAAAAGCUAACCUAGCCCGGUGGCAUCGACAUAUCGCGUCAUUCAAGCAGGAGCCAAGCAAGCAGCCAACCGACGAUAUGGAGCUCGGAGACAACUUGCCACAAUACCUGCUCAACCAUCUGACCAAAACGGGUGCUCCCUUCAACUCGAUCGCGCUAGCGGAAGAGCUUGGUCUUGAUCACCAGAAGCUGAUCGGCGCCGUGAAGAGUCUGAUCGCGCAGGAUGGCCUGGUCACCGUGUCCGAGACAUCCGAGAAGCGGACCGAGCUGACCAACGAGGGACAGGAAAUGGCGACAAAUGGCUCGCACGAAUACAACGUGUUCGUAGCGAUUGGUGACGAAGGGUUGCCCCAGGGAGAACUCAUGAAGUUGCCAAUCGGCAAAGUGGGCAUGGCGAAGGCGAUAGCUGCAAAAUGGAUCGCUACCGAGAAGAAUGGCGCCGAGGUUCGGUUGGUACGAAAGAUGGCGGCUGACGCCGUUGUUGAUAAGGUUCGCGAACAAUUGGAACAAAUCAGCCUUGGCCAAGAGGUCGACGCAAAAGAUAAGACCGAGCUGAAGAAGCGCAAGCUCAUCAAUGAGGUUACGGUUAAAGGGCUGAUUGUCGAGAAGGGACCCAACUUCACGACGGAAAUCGUCAAACCUGAACUCGAUCUGACCGCAGAAAUGAUUCAAAGCGGUAGCUGGAAGGAGAAGACCUUCAAGAAGUACAACUUUGAAGCGCUUGGAGUACAGCCCUCCAGUGGUCACCUACACCCAUUGAUGAAGGUCCGCGCCGAGUUCCGACAAAUUUUCUUCCAAAUGGGCUUCACCGAAAUGCCGACGAAUCGCUACGUGGAGAGCUCGUUCUGGAAUUUCGACGCACUCUUCCAGCCUCAACAACAUCCAGCUCGCGAUGCGCACGACACUUUCUUCAUUUCAGACCCUGCAAUCAGCACCAAGUUCCCCACGGAUUAUUUGGAACGGGUGAAGACGGUUCAUUCCAAAGGCGGCUUCGGCUCAAUCGGGUAUAAUUAUGAUUGGAAGCUGGAAGAGGCCCAGAAAAAUGUACUGCGCACUCAUACGACGGCCGUCUCUGCACGUCAACUCUAUUCUCUAGCGCAAGAGGGCUUCAAACCAUCAAAAAUGUUCUCCAUCGAUCGGGUCUUCCGAAAUGAGACGCUGGACGCGACACAUCUCGCCGAAUUCCACCAGGUAGAGGGCGUGAUUGCCGAGAAAAACCUGUCGUUGGCCCAUCUGAUCGGCAUCUUCACCGAAUUCUUCAAGAAGCUCGGAAUCGAAGGGCUGAAAUUCAAGCCCACCUACAACCCCUACACCGAGCCGAGCAUGGAAAUUUUCGCCUACCACCAGGGCUUGAAAAAAUGGGUUGAGAUUGGCAACAGCGGCAUGUUCCGACCGGAAAUGCUGUUGCCGAUGGGACUGCCAGAAGACGUGAAUGUUGCUGGAUACGGGCUGUCGUUGGAACGGCCAACAAUGAUCCGGUACGGCAUCAACAACAUUCGGGACCUGUUCGGGGCAAAGGUCGACCUGGAGAUGAUCCGGAAGACGCCGAUCUGCCGGCUGUCCAAGAAGGAC